CUGGGCUGAGUGCGGCGGCGGCGGCGGCGGCCGACGGGGAUGGAGCGAGCGCCGGGCCGGCUCAGAGUUGAACAAUGACCAUAGUUGACAAAGCUUCUGAAUCUUCAGAGCCCUCAGCCUAUCAGAACCAGCCUGGCAGCUCUGAGGCCGUCUCACCUGGAGACAUGGAUGCGGGCUCUGCCAGCUGGGCUGCUGUGUCUUCCCUCAAUGAAGUCUCCAACCACACGCUAGCUCUAGGACCAGUACCUGGUGCUGUAGUUUAUUCCAAUUCAUCUGUACCUGAGAAAUCCAAGCCAUCACCGCAGAAGGAGCAAGGAAUCACUCAUGGUGUGCUUUGGAUACCAAAGCCAGAAGCAGUCCUAGGUGAUGGCAUUGCUCCUCCACAGAAAGUCCUUUUCCCAUCUGAGAAGAUUUGUCUCAAGUGGCAGCAGACCCAUAGAGUCGGAGCUGGGCUCCAGAAUCUGGGCAACACCUGCUUUGCCAACGCAGCCUUGCAGUGUUUGACUUACACGCCACCCCUCGCCAACUACAUGCUCUCACACGAACACUCCAAGACCUGCCACGCCGAAGGGUUUUGUAUGAUGUGCACAAUGCAGGCGCACAUCACCCAGGCCCUCAGCAAUCCCGGGGACGUUAUCAAACCCAUGUUCGUCAUUAACGAGAUGCGACGGAUAGCCAGACACUUCCGCUUUGGGAACCAGGAAGAUGCACACGAGUUCCUGCAAUAUACAGUUGACGCUAUGCAAAAAGCCUGUCUGAACGGCAGCAACAAGUUAGACAGACAUACCCAGGCUACCACACUCGUUUGUCAGAUAUUUGGUGGAUACCUAAGAUCUAGAGUCAAAUGUUUAAAUUGCAAAGGUGUUUCAGAUACUUUUGAUCCAUACCUUGAUAUAACAUUGGAGAUAAAGGCUGCUCAGACUGUGAAUAAGGCUUUGGAGCAGUUUGUAAAACCAGAACAGCUGGACGGAGAAAACUCAUAUAAGUGCAGCAAAUGUAAAAAGAUGGUUCCAGCAUCAAAGAGGUUCACCAUACACCGGUCCUCUAAUGUUCUUACUCUGUCCCUCAAACGUUUUGCAAAUUUUACUGGUGGAAAAAUUGCUAAGGAUGUGAAAUACCCCGAGUACCUGGACAUUCGGCCGUAUAUGUCACAGCCCAACGGGGAGCCGAUCAUCUAUGUCUUGUAUGCAGUGCUGGUCCACACAGGCUUUAACUGCCAUGCUGGCCACUACUUCUGCUACAUCAAGGCUAGCAAUGGCCUCUGGUACCAGAUGAACGACUCCAUCGUCUCCACCAGUGACAUUAGAUCGGUACUCAGCCAACAAGCUUACGUUCUUUUCUAUAUCAGGUCCCACGAUGUGAAGAAUGGAGGUGAACUUGCUCAUUCCCCACACAGCCCCGGCCAGUCUUCACCCCGACCCGUCAUCAGUCAGAGGGUGGUCAGCACUAAACAGCCCGCAGCGGGGCUCAUCGGGCCGCAACUGCCCUCACACUUGGCCAAGAACCCACCACACCUGAAUGGGACGGGGCCACUCAAGGAGGCGCCCAGCAGCUCCAUGUCGAGCCCAAAUGGAAAUUCCAGUAUCGGCAGGCCUGGACCCGUCAGUGCUUCAACCUCUGUUCAGAACUGGCCCGUCAGUCGGUCCUCAGUUCUUCCGGAGCACCCCAAGAAGCAAAAGAUCACCAUCAGUAUUCACAACAAAUCACCGGCACGCCCUGGGCAGCCCCAGUCCGGCCUUCUGGGCAACCCCCUGGAAGCCCCCAACAAGCCUACCCCCUCCUCCACCAUCCCCAGCCCCUCUGCAGCACAGUCUACCUCGAGUGCCACAGCUAGCAGGGCCACGAAGCCACCUGGCCCCACUGAGCCUUGCCCGCGCCCGGUGGUAAACGGUCAGUCCAGGCUACACGCCAGCAUCCUGGUCCCCUAUGGAGCCGAGUCAUCUGAGGAGUCUGACGAGGAGGCCAAGGGCCUGGGCAGGGAGAAUGGCCUGGGUGUGGGGCCAUCUUUGGGCGCCGAUGCCAGCGAGGCCUGUCAGCUAGAGCUCCGGGACACCAUGGCACUGAAUGGUGUUACCCGUCCAGACAGGGACCCAAGGGAGCGAGGGCUCUCCCUGGAUGGGCCUACCUGCCCAGCCCAGCCUGCACUGCACUCAGAAAGUCCCUUCUCUAAAGCCAAUGGUUUACCUGGAAAGCUGAUGCCUGCUCCAUUGCCACCUCUCCCUGAAGAUCAAAUCUUAGAGACCUUCAAGCUUGGAAGCCGAGAAAAAAGCUCUAGAGAGGAGGCCAGUCCUGGCCAGGCAGAGGAAACCCCUCCAGGGGACUCCUAUGCAGAGCUGGAGGCCAGCAGUUCCCCUCCUGUGCCCCGGGAGCCCCCGGAGCCAGCGGCCUGUCUGAGCAGCCAGCUGAAGAUGGCCUUGCUGCCUCUUGACCCCAGCGUCUCUGCCACCAAAGAAGCACCUGAGAGUGCCGAGCCCAUGGCCACUGAUGCCAGCCCAUGUGCGGCCCAGGACAGGCUCCUGCCAGCAUGUGACCCCGGGCGCACCACAGACGACUUGAGUGCAGGCCAGGACAGCAGAGGGACCAACUCUUUGAGCCCACUCCGGCCGUUGGUGCCUGGGGGCUGUGUGGGGCAGCUGAGUCCCACACCCUCAACCUGCCCUGAGGCUGUGGACUGCGGCCAUCAGCUUGUGGUGUACAUGGUCCGAGACCAUGAUUUGGGAACCCCUGCUGCCCCCGAGGCCCCUCUGCAGGGCACCGGGCUGAGAGUCGAGGGGCCACCUGCAUCCCUUCUGGACAAGCCGGCAAAAGGCCCUGCAGAAGGGGGCACAGAACCGAGCCCUGGCGAGAGCAGUGAAGAGAACCAGGCAGGACAUCGGGGGCAGGACCCAUCUCCAGCUAAGGAGAGAAUUAGUAGCCUCCGGAAAGUAGAUCGAGGCCACUACCGGAACCGCAGAGACCGGUCCUCCAGUGGGGAGCAUGCAAGGGAGAGUCGGAGCAAGACGGAGGACCAUUACCACAAAAAGCGGCAUGGGUCCGAGCGGGAACGGCCUAAGCAGGAGCGUCACCGGCUGGAGCACUGCAGUGGGAGCCACGGUGACAGAGGCAGCCCAGUUGAGCGGCGUUCUCUGGGCAGGCUCAGCCACCAGCUGUGCCGUGGCAGAGGCAGCUCAGACCAGGACUGGAGCCGGCACCAUCCCGAGGGCGAGCACAUGUGGGCCCGGGAGAAGUACUACCCUGACAGGGCGCGUUGGGGCAAGUGCCGCUACUACCAUGACCGCUAUGCAGGCUAUGUGCCGCGGGAGAUGCGGGAGUGGAAAGCCUUCCAUGGGGACCGCGAGUAUGAGUACGAGUACAGCAGGCCCCACAAGGACCCCUACCGAGGCCGGAAGGCCUGUGACAAGGAGCGGCGCCACUUUGGCAGCCCCCGCACAGGCCCCGCACUCUACCCCGACAAGUACCUGCAUGAGAAAAUGGCACUUGGACCUGAAGGCAGCUGUGACUUCUCUGACCGCUUCCGGGGGCCCGAGAACACGAAGCCCCGGAAACGGAGACACGACAGCCUGGAGGAUUCUGACAGCCAUGGGGAGAAGCCAGCUUGGAGGAGCAUGCCCAAGGGCCCUUUAGAAGAGCCCAAGGUGAAGAAGCAUAAAAAGUCCAAGAAGAAAAAGAAAUCCAAAGACAAGCACCGCACUCGAGACUCCAGGCACCCCCCAGACUCCGACCUCUCUGGCGCCUACUCUGAUGCAGACCUCCACAGACACAAGAAGAAGAAGAAGAAAAAGAAGCGACACUCCAGGCGGUCAGAGGACUUGGGGCACUUCCCACAGGCCUCCGGGCCAGAGUCUGCUGACCUCUUCCGCAGGACUGAUGGGGGGCUACCCCCUGCCGAUGGCCCGGCCCUUGACAGAACCAAACCCUUCCGGAUGGGAAGGAGGGCUGACAGGUGUCCUCUGUCUGAGUGUGGCCAGGGUGAUUGAACUCAGCCUCCAACAAAAUUUUCACUAGUUAUGGUUCGACAUGUUCAACAGAAGCCAUCCCCAACCCAGCUUAAAUUAUAAAUAUAGAAAAUAACUUUGUUCAAAUCUGCGUGGUGCUUCUUUAGUAAAUACUGUACAGAUUUUACCAUGGAGAACUUUUUUUUUAGUUUUUACCUUUUCUUAAUUGCCCUUAUUCCAAAUGGAUGAACACUUUGUACAACUGCUGACAGUUGUCAAGUCCGUGUAUAGAAUCCCACUGAAUAACGCCCUGGACUAGAACAUCUCAAUGCUGCUUAAUCACAGACUCAGGUUGAUCCCGCGAAUUCCAUGCCCUUCUCCAAGUUAGACAGCCGGUUCCAGACCAACCGGGAAAGCAUGGAAUGACUAAAGUACAAACUGACAGUGUGUAUAUUUAAUUUAAAGACUUAUUUAAAGAAUUCACACGCUCUCAACUAGACUUUUGAGAGAUGUCUGUUUCCUGUAAUGUCUGAUACUAGAAACUAAUUUGCUUCAUAUUUUAGUUGUAUUCAAGAUUUGAAGAUGUAUUUUAUAGACAGGUUCUGUUUUUGAACUUUGUGGAAACUAUUCCAAUCAAUUUACCAGUUAUGAUGAGUAUUUACAUUAUGAAUGUAUAAUCCCACAUUAUUUGUAAAGCCUCCAGUAUGUUUUUAUUACAUAACACUUUUAUACGGCGUCUCUUGUCUUGACUAUGAUAUCGAAGUCUGAGUUGUCAGCUUGGUCCCUUCAAGUUUCUAGUUACAGACAAAAUCAUACUGUGAUUUUAUUUUUAAUAUGGAUAUGCUAUCAAACUGUGAUACACUUAUAUUCACGGGUCCUGCAUCAGGAGAUGGAGUGGGGAAAACUGUAUUUAAUACAGUUUGUAUCUGAAUAAUCUGUAUGGUUAUACAGUUUGUGUUGUUCAGAGAUGUCUAAGAGUUUGAUCUUUGUUUUUUUAAAGAUUAAAAAAAGCACUUGCCCCACUGUAAAUAGAAGGCAUGUAAACUUUCUAUAGAAUAUAAAUGGCAGCAAAUGCA